AGCUACGCUAAUCAAUCUUCAUCACAUCAAAGCUUCUCCUGAGCUACCUCGUUCUUAGCUUCAGCCAUGGCGUCCAAGGCCUGCAUCCUGAUCCUGCUCCUCGUUGCAGCUCUUCUCCAUACAGGUCAUGCUAGUGGCGACGCCGGGCCGUGCCAACUGGAGGACAUCCGCGUCUCGUCGGUGUUGACGGGGCGGCGGGUCCUGAAUGUGCCGGAGUACAGCGUGACGGUGGAGAACACGUGCUCGUGCGCGCAGGCGGGCGUGGUGAUGUACUGCAACCUCGGCGAGGUGAAAGCGGUGAUCUCGGACACGACCAAGCUCCGCCUGCUGAGCCGGAAGCAAGGGCACUGCCUCAUCAACAGCGGCUGGCCGAUCUUCAACGGCAAGCCCAUAAUGUUCACCUACGCCGCCAAGACGCAGCUCGACUUCACCCUCGAUAACGCCUCGCCGGAGUGCCUGGUGUGAUCGUAGCUUUUUAUUACACAAACACAAGCAACUUUAUUACUUGGAAGUAAGAAUGUUUAAAGGUACAGAAAUAGGGUCGUAGGAAUGACCAGGCCAAAUAUGGCGUCCUGUACCUAAAGACGACGUGUCCUUUGCAAGGCUAUGCGCCUUGAAAUUAAAGUUUGUACGCUCAUGAAUAAAAAGGUAACUGUCAAAAGAUGAUUUAUACUC